AUGUCAGGCUAUCCUAAUGGCGGUAAUCCUGGGAUGGGGUAUAAUGAUCCUUACGCCCAAUACGACGCCCCCGCUCCGGAACCGAACAAAUUCAAUGGAUUUUUGAAAGCACUUGGAGCCGGAACAAAAAAGACAAAAGGAGAUGGACAACCGGCAAAGCGUCGCGGACCGAAACCAGAUUCCAAGCCUGCUCUGACCCGAAGACAAGAGCUCAAUCGACAAGCGCAAAGGACACAUCGUGAACGAAAGGAGCAAUAUAUCCGAGCCCUUGAAUCGGAACUUUCCAGACUACGAGAAGUAUACAGCGUUGACAUCAAUACCGCCAAUCAGAAAAUCCAGCAACAGCAGGAAAUGGUACAGAGCUUGCGGACGGAGAAUAGUCGAUUGAUGGGAAUAUUAAAAGAGUGUGGAAUCCCUGUCCAACCACAAGUGGAAAUCGAAACGCCCGAAGAUAUCAACAUGCCACCUGCGGAUUCAUACACAAUCGGAACGAGUUCGGUAACCUCGCAGUCAGCUGGUUUCCAGUCGCAGCCGGCGUUCCUGACCACGCCGCCGUCAACGUUCAGUUCGCCUCACAGCACUGGAGAUGGUGAUGAGCGAUCCGGUUCACGAGCUGGACCGGGAGGAAACAUGCCAAUUUUCGGAACCGCGUUCCAGACGGGCAUGAACUUGAGCGAUAUGGACUAUUCGGGCAAUACAGAAAAAGAAAGAGAAAUACCCGCGGUGCCGGGCAUUUUCGACGAAGAUCCGCAAUUAGGUGUCGAUUUCAUACUCCAGUUAGAAUCGCCCUGCCGCGUGCAUACGGAAUACCUAUGUCGAGAAGCACACAAGGACGUUGAACGAGACGCUUUUUUCUCGGGGCAUGCUUUGAUGGCUUCUUGUCCGCCGCCGAGUCACAUCGAGAAUGUGCCGGAGGGAAAUCAGUAUCCUCAUCAAACUUACGAAUUACCGCUACCAAAUCUCGAGAAAUUGCUCAAUCUGAGCAAACAACUCAUCACCGAUGGGCAAGUUACACCAAUAAUGAUUCUGCAAUCUCUCAAAAAUCACGACCAAUAUCGGUCCCUGAACAAAGAUGACGUCAAGACGAUCGUUGAGACGCUGACCACCAAAGUCCGAUGUUAUGGCUUCGGUGCUGUGAUUGAAGAUUUCGAAUUGAGGGAUUGUCUACAGAACGUCCUUGGCUCAAAGAUGUACCAUGGUAGGAGUCCACCGUCGAGGAUUGGAGAUGAUGCAUUAUAUCGUUAA